GGUUUUAUUUGCUUUUUGCCCCGACCUACAUUUGAUGAGGCCCAGACCAGGAAAAAAAACCAGAAUUCGCUAAGGUCAAGGGAAAAGAAAAAAUGAGUCUGCAACGGAAGAAAUUGAAUUGCGACAGGUACCAGCACUUUCUUGGUGUUAACUGUUGCAGGUAAUCAACUCAUUGGUGAGCUGUUUUUCGCUCAAAUGAGGCUACAAUCAUCUCCGCCGGAGCGACCAAUGAUGUGUGCGAGUGUCGGGUUUUUAAAGCGCAAACUGUAACGGAAGCACGGCCGUCACUGCACGUGAGGUGUUCGCAAGGACAAGUUACCGACCAUGUCUAUGUGCCACAACGAAGGACAUCCGUCACUGGUGACAAACAGAAAGUGGCUGCACUGUUGCAGUCCAAAGGAAUUCCCCUUUGAUCCAUACAACAUCGGUGUGUGGAUGAUGCUCUGCGACGACGCACACCCCGAUCCCGGCAGCACCAUGACAGAAAUUGACGUGGCGUGGGCAAAAGCGAAGGAACUCGUCUUCAGUGGCAUCGUGCCCAUUAUCAAAGCCAAGUGUACCACCAGGUCUACUCGUCCAACAAGCCUCAAGUUGGCUACAGGAGGUGCGAUCUUGUUCUAUACGCCGGAUUUUAGAAAUAAGAAAGAAGUUACCACAGUGGCCGAGGCCAUACAUGACCACGUGGAUAAUAAGAAGGAACUGUUUUUCAGAGCUUAUAAUGCGAACAGUUUCAUUGGCCAAUCUUCAUUGGGAGAGAAGAGUGUGUGUAUGUAUAUGUACACCGUUAACAAGAUGCUAUUGGCCAAACGGGAAGAAGAGAUAUUUAUGCUUCUGGAUUGAUUAAAUUGUAAUCGAAACGGGAUGAUAUUGUAAAGUUAAAUUUUUAAAGUUAAUGGUCAUAAUUUAUUGCAGUCUCUUCAAAACAAUCUUUUUCUACUACAGUGCGAUACGUACUUGUAUAUUAACCACAUAUUAAGUGAAAAUUCUUGAUUUAACCGCAUGCCAGUGGCGAAUUUUAGGCUUAACUGCAUGCCAUUGGCAAAUGUAGGCUUAAUAACAUUCCAUUGGCGAGUUUUAGGUUUAAUGGCAAGCCACUGGCGAAUUUUAGGCUUAACUGCAUAUCUUUAGUGUAAGUAAUUAAUAAACAAAUGAUGUCUUCGGGAAUUGAUAGAUGGUUCCAAUAAACAUAUUUGUAGUAUUUUUUUUAUUUGUUUGCUUGUUUGGUGGUAAAUCGCUGGUAAUACGGUUAAUAUACAAGUACCAUGCAAAACUCUAAUUGGCAAUUCGUUUAAUUUUUACAAUUAUCAAAGUAUAAGAAACAAAAAUUAAGUUUAUGAAGGAAAAUUAAAAGAUAAUUAAGUAAAAUAUUAGAGAAAGGAAUAAUUUAUUCAAUAAAUAAAUUAAGUUAAAAGGAAAUGAUGGCAAGAAUAGAAUAAAUUUAAAAAGCAAUUCAUUCCUGUAAUUCCAUAAUUAGAAAUAUUCUACAUUAGUUAGUGCUUGAUGAGAUUUUUAAGUAAAUAGUUACGAUUAAGUUUUAAUUCAUACUGAAAUGCAAUGUUUUAAGAUAUUUUCCCUAUUCAUCGAAACAUAUUUUAAAGUCAUUUCUGUGAAUUGCUUUUACACAUCCAAAAAUUAAAUUAUUCUCAAACGAUCUCAGAAUAUUAAAUAUGCAAGACAUUAAAAAACUAACCAAACGAUUUCUUUCAAACGUUUAUUUUAAAUUAAUUUCUCCCAACAGUUUUUUUUAAAAUCAGAGAAUCAAUGAAAAGUCAACGGCAUUUAUUGUAUUUAAUGUAAAUAAUGUAUAAGCUAUGUAUUGUUUUAAAUGUAUAUAUUGCACGAAUUACGGGUAAUUUAACCUACAUGUAUUUGCUUAAGGAAAUAAAAUGUGAUCAAUAUUAAGCUUUAUUUCAGUUAAGAAAAUGUAUAUGUAUUGUUUAUAAAGUGUAAGAGAUUAUCGUGCUACGCUCUUUAAAAGAAAUAAACUGCA